ACAAAUAACAUUUUCUAUCUUUAGGUUAUGUGUUAAUUAUUAAUUCGUCCAUCUCCGUUUUCCUUUUGCCUAUUCUUUUUUAACCAUUAAAUAUGACAAGGAGGCUCAAAACUCCCCAAUCCUAAAAUCGUCUCCGAUCAAUAAUACAACACAACACAAGAAGCCACAAAAAAAAAAGGAGAAUGGGAGUAGUGGAAGAAGCUCAUAACGUGAAGGUUGUGGGUUCAGGUACGAGGUUCAUAGUUCUAGCUCACGGGUUUGGAACCGACCAAUCUGUGUGGAAACACAUAGUCCCUCAACUCGUGGACGAGUUCCGCGUGGUGCUGUACGACAACAUGGGAGCCGGCACCACUAACCCUGAAUACUUUGACUUUGGACGUUACUCCACUUUGCAAGGUUACGCCUAUGACUUACUCGCCAUUUUGGAGGACCUUCGCGUCUCUUCUUGCAUCUUCGUUGGCCACUCCGUCUCUGCCAUGAUCGGAACUGUGGCUUCCAUUUCUCGCCCGGAUCUCUUCACCAAGAUCAUUAUGGUCUCCGCUUCUCCUAGGUAUUUGAACGACGCGGAUUACUUCGGGGGUUUUGAGCAGGAAGAUCUGGACCAGUUAUUUGACGCCAUGGCGGCGAAUUACAAAGCAUGGUGUUCAGGUUUUGCUCCGAUGGCCGUUGGAGGUGACAUGGAAUCCGUGGCGGUUCAAGAAUUCAGCCGAACCCUGUUCAACAUGAGGCCAGACAUAGCUCUUAGUGUGUUGCAAACUAUAUUCCAAAGCGAUAUGAGACCAAUUCUAAAUCUCGUUACUAUUCCAUGUCAUAUAAUACAAAGCAAGAGGGAUCUCGCCGUUCCGGUGGUCGUAGCGGAAUACCUGCACCAACACCUUGGCGGCAGCUCCAUCGUCGAGGUCAUGUCUUCAGAAGGUCAUUUGCCGCAGUUGAGCUCGCCAGAUAUUGUGAUUCCUGUGCUGCUCAAGCACAUUCAUUAUGAUAUUGUGGUUUAAUUUUGACACUAAAUUGAAUUAAAUUGAAAUGAAAUUGGUAAUGGCAGUAAUUAGUGUCCAAAGUUCUAGGACUAUUUA